AUGGCUUCUUAUUCGCUCUCGGCACCCGCUGUACUCGUCUCUACCCUCGAUUAUUCCGAGGUCCUGAGUGAGGACGUGCACACGCCCAUCGCCAUCUCCCCGUCGACCUCGUUGGAGGCGGUGGUGUGCUCCCGGCUCGAAGUGAUCGUCGAGACGUACAACCUCGCCGCCACCACCAUGGUCGCCUCCGCCGCCACCUGGAGCGCCCACUUCGACACUCCCCGCCCCGUGAAGGCCUACGAUCCCUCCUCGAUGAAA